AUGCCAGACCGGCAGUCGGCAGAAAUCGCACACGAUGGCACCCCUGAGCUGAGUCAGAAACAAGGCUACAUUUUGUACCUAUGCCAUUUACUAUCAGCAUGGAAUGCGAGGUCUUAUGAGUUUGCUGCUAUUCUGUUCACAGCCGCUGCAUAUCCGGGCGGUUUUCGGGCUACAUCUUUCGUUGGUAUUACUAUAAGUCUCGCUGCCAUCCUCUUCGCUUCGGCCGUUGGAAAAUGGAUCGACCACGCCCCAUCGCGUUUGAGAACACUCCUAGCGACCAUCAUCAUCAACAGAUCCACCAUUAUCGUCUCCUGCUUUGGUUGGUUCUUGAUAGUCGGCGGGCCCAGCACGAAAAUCCACGGGCGAAGUUCUCCCCUAGAUCAGGACUCCUCCUUUGAACUACGAGGAGCACCAAAACACAUCGUCUUCGCCUUUGGCCUAGGCCUCGGUAUCAUAGAAACCCUCUCCCGAAAGGCAAAUGUAAUCUCGAUGGAGCGCGACUGGGUGCCUGUACUCGCGCCCGAGACGGGCGCUAUCCACUUCACUCUUACGCAGGUCAAUGCCACGAUGGCACGAAUCGACAUGAUCUGCAAAGUGCUCGCUCCCAUCGUCGUCUCAGGCUUUCUUUCCAUCGUCCCAUCGAUCCGAUAUGGAGUGGUAGGAAUCGCGUUGGCGAAUAUACUAAGCCUGUGGCUAGAGUUCUGGACAGCCCAGUGGCUUUGGAGCCAGUGCCAUACCCUGCGGGAACCAAAACUGCCCGUGAUCGCAGAAUACGACUGCAACGGCGACCCUAUCAGUCACGCAUAUCCUUCCCAGCGCGGGAACACGUUCUUGGCUCUCUGGAUUGAAAGCGUCCAAGCAUGGUGGCAUGGGUACAUCCCUAGCCUGCGCCUUUUCUUUUCCACCGAAGUCUGGAUCUCAACGAUAGCAAUGUGCAUGACGCACGCUUCCGUGCUGUCCGUGAGCGGCAGUGUGAUCGUGUUUCUCUUGAAUUCUGGCUACUCCAUGAAAGUAGUGACCGUCGCCGAAGCAGCCAGUGCCAUUUUCGAAGUCGGUAGUACAUUUGUCGCGCCCUUCGCCGUCCGGAAAUUAUCGCCUAUAGCCUCGCCAGCGUCACAUAAGUUGCUCCGCGUGUCUUCCAAAGACGACGCAUCCGACUCCUCCGUCGAAGAAGAAGACGUGGAGUCAGACGUGGACCCCGAUGACUCUCUCAAUCACCAUAAAGCGGGGCCGGAUAUCAACAAGGGGAUAACGCGGCUCGGUCUCUGUGGUAUCCUCUCAAUGGCGUUAACCUUAACCCCCACCGUCCCCCUCUUCGCCUAUCUAAUCCACCACCUCACCUACCCCAUCCCCCCAUCCACAGACUCGCCCUCCCUGACAGCCCAUCCCUUCAUAUCCCUCUCCAUCGUCCUCCUCCUCUCCGCCUCGCGCCUCGGCCGCGGCCUCCUCCAGCUCUCGACCCAGCAACUCGCGCAAGCCCGUGUGCCAGCGCACCAAUGCUCCAGCUUUGCGGGGACGGAGGUCGCUUUCGUCAGCGUGUUCGGUCUGAGCCAUAACAUCGGGACCGCGAUCUGGAGCGCGCCAGCGCAGUUUGGGUGGCUGGCCGCUGGGAGCGCGGUGGCGGUGGGGAUGGCGGCGGCGGCGUUUGGGUGGUGGGUUCGAAUGGAGCGGAAGGGGGGGAGGGCUAGGUUGUAG